AUGAGCGCGCCGAAGGAUGACCUCCCGCCCGAGAAGGCGCUGGAGAUGCCUGCGAACGAUUCGAGCGGAGCGGACAGCCCAUCCGAGGUCGAGAUUGGCGAAGAGGCCGUCAACGAAAAGGCCUUGCUGCGAAAGCUGGACGCGAAACUUCUUCCGGCCGUAGGAAUCCUGUACUUGCUGUCAUUCCUUGACCGAUCCAACGUUGGCAAUGCAAGAAUCGAAGGUCUCACUGAUGACCUGAAAAUGACUGGCAAUGAGUAUCUGACUGGUCUCACCCUCUACUUCAUCGGCUAUGUCCUAUUCGAAAUUCCGUGCAACAUCAUCCUCAAGAGAACGACACCACGCUUCUGGCUUCCUACUCUCACCGUCGCAUGGGGCGUCGUCGCCACUCUCAUGGGUAUCUGCACCAACAUGGCGGGCUUCUUCGUUGCGAGAUUCUUCCUCGGCGUGACCGAGUCCGGACUGUUCCCAGGAGUUGUAUUCUACUUCUCGAUGUGGUAUAGGCGACGUGAGCGCCAGUACCGCAUCUCAUUGUUCUUCAGUGCUGCUUCCCUCGCUGGAGCCUUCGGUGGUAUCCUCGCUUGGGGUAUCGGGCAUAUGAAAGGUAUCGUGUGGGCCAACGGGUGGCGAUGGAUCUUCAUUCUUGAAGGUAUUGCGACCGUUGUAAUUGCCAUUGCUGCAUACUGGUUCAUCCAGAACUAUCCCGACACCGCUCAAUUUGUGUCCGAGAAGGAGCGCCGCUUCAUCAGAUCCAGACUUGCCGCUGACAGCGACGCAACCCACGAUGAAUGCUUCACAUGGGGCAACGUCAUGGACGCAGUGAAGGAUCCCAAGUGCUGGCUCUAUGGCUUGGGCUUCCAUACCAUGAGUCUUCCGCUGUACACGUUUUCCCUGUUCUUGCCUACCAUCAUCAAGAACCUCGGAUACACCGCUGCCAAAGCACAGCUGCUUACCAUUCCUCCUUAUGCUCUCGCAUUCGUCACAACCCUAGUGGUUGCCAUUUACUCUGAGCGGACCGGUCGUCGAGCCUUUUUCAUCAUGGGGUCGUCCGCCUUUGCAGCGAUCGGCUACAUUAUUCUCCUCGCCAACGGCGACCCGACGGGCAAGCCUGGUGUCUCGUAUCUCGGAACAUUCUUUGCUGCUGGCGGUAUCUACCCUGCGACGGCAUUGGUCCUCUCCUGGCCCGCCAUCAAUGUCUCCGGUCAGACAAAGCGUGCUGUUGGCAAUGCCAUGCAAAUCACCAUCGGAAACAUGGGCGCCGUGAUGGGAACCCAGCUCUACCGUUCAAACGACGGGCCAAGGUACUUCGUCGGACACUCGAUGUGCUUAGCAUACCUUGUUGCGAACGUUGUCGUGUGUGCGAUAUUGUACUUUGUGCUGAAAGGAGAGAACAAGAGGCGCGAGGCGAUCACCGAGGAGGUCAACGCCAUUGGAGACUUGAAUGACUGGCCUGGCGACAAGGAUCCUAGGUGGCGGUUCCAGUAUUAA